UAAAACAUAAUAAUAAACAAAACACCAUUCAUUCUAUUGCUAUCUGUAGGGUACAACACCGAUUCUGAAGCCCCUGCGAAAUUAAAAGCUCCUCUUUUAAUCUCACAAAUUAGGGUUUUACGUAACAAGAUCCCUUAUUAGGGUUUUCCUCUCAUUCUUCAAUAUUUCGAGCUCGAUAUAUAAGUAAUCGAUGAAACUGGCCGUUUUCUUGGGCAAUUGUCUCUUGCUUUAUUAGAUACAUAAAAUGUCAAGGACAAGGGAAGAGAAUGAAGAGCAGGUAGACCUUGAAGGGGACAAUGAACAAGAGGAGACUAUAGAGGAAGAGGUUGAAUAUGAAGAAAUAGAGGAAGAGGAGGAAGUGGAAGUUGAGGAAGAGGUUGAAGAAGAGGUGGAAGAUGAGGAUGAGAAUGAGAAUGCUGAGCUUGUUGAUGUUCAAAAAGGCUCUGAUGGUGAUGAGGAGUUGAAUGAUUCUGAGACAGAGGAAGAAAAGAAAAAGAAACAUGCAGAACUUCUUGCACUUCCUCCUCAUGGAUCAGAGGUCUACAUUGGUGGCAUUCCUCAUGACACUUCUAAAGAGGACUUGAAGAGAUUUUGUGAAUCUAUAGGAGAAGUCAUAGAGGUUAGGAUAAUGAAGGGGAAGGAUUUAGGUGAGGGCAAUGGUUGUGCUUUUGUGACGUUCAGAUCCAAAGAGUUAGCAUCCAAAGCUAUUGAAAGACUGAAUUAUUCUGAAUUCAAGGGGAAGAAGAUAAAAUGUUCAACUUCUCAAGCAAAGAAUAAGUUGUUCAUUGGUAAUGUUCCCAGAAACUGGGGGGAGGAAGUUAUGAGGAGGGUUGUAACUGAUGUUGGGCCUGGAGUCGGUUGUAUUGAAUUGUUGAAGGAUCCAAUGAACCCCGGCCGAAACCGUGGAUUUGUUUUCAUUGAGUACUCUAAUCAUGCAUGUGCUGAAUACUCGAGACAGAAAAUGUUGAAGCCAACAUUUAAGCUUGAUGAUAAUGCUCCAACAGUGAGUUGGGCUGACCCUAGAAAUGCUGAAUCUUCUGCUACUACUCAGGUUAAGUCAUUGUAUGUCAAGAAUUUACCACGAGAUAUAACUCAGGAUCGCCUAAAGAAGCCGUUUGAACAUCAUGGAAAGAUCACAAAAGUUGUAGUUCCUCCUGCAAAAGCGGGAAAGGAGGACAGCAGGUAUGGGUUUGUGCAUUUUGCAGAGAGGUCAAGUGUUAUGAAAGCAUUGAAGAAUACUGAAAAAUAUGAGAUUGAUGGUCAAGUGUUGGAGUGUUCUCUUGCAAAACCACAAGCAGACCAGAAAUCUUCUGGAGGAUCUGGCUCCCAGAAGUCAACCUUAGAUUCAAGCUUCCCUCCAUUAGGAUUUGGUUUACUUGGGGGGGCAUAUGGUGGUCUUGGAACAGGAUUUGGUCCUGCAGGAUUUGGACAGCCGUUAAUCUAUGGGCGAGGUCCAACCCCUGCUGGAAUGGCAAUGAUGCCAAUGCUUUUGCCUGACGGAAGGAUUGGAUAUGUCCUCCAACAGCCUGGAAUGCAACAACCAGAGACACCUCCACCACAGCCCCGUAGUAGCCGAGGUGGUGCUAGUAGUAGUAGCUCAAGCGGUGGAAGACGCAGCAGCAGUGACAGUAACCGAGGACGCAGUCGAUAUAAUCCAUAUUAGUUUGGUUCUCGAUUCCAUUUCUUCUGUAACCUGAGGUUAGAAGAGAGUAGAAAAGAAUCUGCUUUGAGUUGGCUUUAGUUCGAGGCUAAGGAUCAGCCAGUAGUUUUGUUUAAACAGAAAUUAUGGAAAGUAUAGUAAGCUGUCAAGAAACUUACUGACAGUUGUUGGGCUCUAAUUACAAAAACUUACUGACAGAUAUUGGGCUCUAAUCAAAACGACUAACAUAUAUUCACCAUUGCAUUUAGAUUAAA